AUGUCUAACAGAUUUCUGGGAACCUGGAAAUUGGUCUCCAGUGAAAACUUUGAGGAUUACAUGAAAGCUCUAGGAGUGGGUUUAGCUACCAGAAAACUGGCAGUUAUGGCAAAACCCCAUGUGACCAUCAGCAUGAAGAAUGAUGUUAUAACCAUCCGGACUCAAAGUGCCUUAAACAGCUCAGAAAUUUCUUUUAAACUGGGCCGUGAAUUCGAAGAAAUCACCCCUGAUAACAGGAAAACAAAGCUUGAUUCCAGGCAAGCUGCUUAUGUGAUUUUGUCUUUGCAGACUACAAUAACCUUAGAUAAAGGAGUGCUGAAUCAAGUCCAGAAAUGGGAAGACAAAGAGACUACAAUAAAGAGAAGUUUGGUGGAUGGAAAAAUGAUGGUGGAAUGCAGGAUGAAAGGAGUUAUUUGCACUAGAAUCUAUGAGAAAGCAUCAUAA